GAAGCACCGCCCUGAAAGACAAGAAGUUCAUUUUUUCCCUGAUUUCAUACACGAGACAUCAACAAGGAAGUUCUCGUCGUUCUCCACCGAGGAAGUAACUAAAAAUGUAGAACGAUCUGAACAACACCAACGAAUUCAACAAACUACACUCCUUGCUGCUAGUAGACCGAGCUAGCACAAAAUCAACAAAAAAAGUACUUUACGUCGUCGUGCUCGAAUAAGAAAACAUUGUUUCCCGUGCUGCUUCUUCUGGCUUUGACGUGGAUUAUCAAUCCCCAGCCACGAUGGCCGCCCCCUUUUCCUCAACAGUUCAACAACAGGCCCAGCCCUUGGCUGGUGGGGGUUGUACCAUGGGUAACAACUACCAGCAGAACGCGUACAGCAACUACCCAUAUUCCUCCUACAAUUCCCAGUCUUUUUACAACGCACAGCCCUACAUCAUUCCCGCUUACAAUCCAGAGGUGCUGCCGCAACAGCUGCAAGGUCCCCAGCAACUUCUGAACCAACAGAACGGGACGAAUAAAAACAACGGCAACAAUAAUUCACCAGGAGGAGUUCCUCCUACCAUCUCCCAACUGCACGAGCAGCAGCAGCUGCGAAAAGUCGACGCUCUGUUAUGAGCUGCAAAAGUAUCGUACUCGUAUAAAUGCAUUACAAAUUUUUUUCAGCAUGAGAAAUAAAAUUUGUCAUGCUGAUUUACUUUAAGAAAAAAAUUUGUAAUGCGUAAAUCUCUACAGGAGAGUGUACGCCGCGUCGAAAGGCUCCCUUCCGUACGGAGCGCCCCGAACCCGUUUUAGCGCACAUUUAUGAUGGCCUUACUGUUGAAGAGAGGGAGUUAGAUCAGUUUGUAGAACCCAGUCUGUUCAUGCUAGCAGAGGGCUAGUGCGCUGUGGACCCCCAGGAUCAGGUAGACGAGGUCCCAGACCGAAGUGGUAGGCGCUUAGGGUGAACUAUGUAUGUAGCGCUUAGGGCCCUUCCGUACGGCCAAUUUGUAUGUCCCGCAACGGGGUUCGCCUAAGUCGGUCACUUGUAUGCAAGGCGUUGGGUUACCCGGUCGGCAGAGCCGAUCCACAACGAACGAACGAAGACUUGCAUUUAUACGAAUGCGAUACUUUUGCACAGGAUAUCUGUUUCGCCGCCACGACGAAUUUUCCACCCGUGCGUAUGGAUCUGUCAGGAUCGAAAUCGUCAAAGUUGAAAUGAUUUGCCAUGCAUAAAAUGCAAGGCAUAAAGAGCCUGUCUUGCCGGGCUGGCAAGUGAGGCAGAUUGUGCGCCUAUUUAGGGUUUGGGAUAGAGCUGCUAAAGGAGCAUGACAAAAGCAGUCUUCUGUGCCCAAACAGCAUGACAAAUUGGACUUCGGUGCUCGGAAAAUUUGUCAUGCGCCGCUUGGAAAUUGGUCUCCCAACUGGUAUCCAUUUUAUGCAUGACAAAUUAUUUCAACUUUGUCGAUUUCAAACCUGACACAUCCAUAGCGCGCACCACUUGAAUUACGCUUUGAUAGUCUGUCUGGGUUUGCUGAUCGGAAACGUGGCGGUUUUGUAUGUGAGCAAGAAUUGGCCGGUAAAUUAUGGAGGGGGAACACCUUCAAGCGGAAGUCAUCAACAUGGGAUGAACAACAGCGCUGUAUCCGGCGUGUUGGACGCCCACUCUGCACGGGAAACUCUCACGACGGUUUUUCUCGUCGUCGGGUGUGUCUUGCUCCUCCUCUGGUGUGUUUUUACCUGUAUCUUGCGGGUCGCCAUGCCGAAUUUUGGGAAGACGCUCGCGGAGCAGCUGGGCGGCUUGGUGGCCAACGGAAAUGGAACCGAGAUGACGAGCCGUGCCGCAAAUUUGAAGGGGGGCGGUGGCGGACAGAAUAUCAAGGGCCCAGUGUUGCAGUCAGUUUCAGGUAGUAUAUUUUUAUGUACGAUGAAAAUGAUGUUGAUGAGCAUGAUAUCCUCCUCCUUCAAAGAUCAUCGGAUGCUGCGGCACAACAUCUUCGUCCGUGUAAGAACAGUUCAGUUACUCACGUAAAAAAAAAAAACACACAUCAGAUCUAAAGACCGUGAUCGACCCCUCCCCGCUGGUCUACACUUCUCGCACCCUGAACCAGGUCGGCCUCUGGGUGACGGUUUUUUUCCUUUUCUUCCAAACCUUUUUCGUUUUCUUCACGGCUUUGAACGCGGUGUUUCACCACAACGGCGAGUCCCUCCGGGUGUUCAUGGGGCUGCGCAGCGCAAAUCAUCAACACCCGGCUCCGACGCCAGGCGGUGGAAAUCAUCAAAAUAACGGUGGUCGGAUCAACUGGCAGAGCGCGACGCACGACCGGAUCGGUGGCGGUGGGGGGAACAGGAACAGAGGACAUCAGCAUCAGCAGCAGAAUAGCGGAAGUUUUGUUCAACACCAGCCCAGACUCGACAAAUUGGACUUACUUUUCGACUUAUCAAAUGCAAAUAUGUCUGGGUCUGGAAGAUUGCGAUUGCGAGAUUUGUCAUGCUUGGCACACAGGAGAGCAAAAGCUGUGAUGCGUGAUGUGCUAUACCAACAUCUCUUUUGUGUCAUGCAAAAACGCAGCUUCUCAUGCAGGUUAUGCAAGAAGUAGCUGCACAGAAACUUGUCAUGCGUGGCCCCUUAACGGAGGUUGCCUACCAUUCACGAACUAGCAUCACAAGUUUCCAGACCCAUACACAUUUGCAUUUGAUCCGACUUUUCGACCGUGGUUCUCGUCCUCGUGUCGACCGUGAAUGCCGUUUAUCCUGUGCAAAAGUAUCGUACUCGUAGUAAUCGCAAACAUACAUUACAAACCUUGCUCUUAAGGUAAAUCCGCAUUACAAAUUUUACGCUGAGGAAAUUUGUAAUGCAUUUACACGAGUACGAUUUACUUUUGCAAUGCAUACGGUUUGCCUGCUCCGUAUGGUGAUAACCACGAGCAGUUCGAAGGUUGGGAAAGACGGGGCCGAAGAGUACAUUUCAUCGCUCGAAGAGAAAAGCAAAUUAGCGGGUGGUGCAACCGUGAAUCAACAGCAACAAGAGUACAUUGCUGGCGGGGCGGUAGCGCAGCUGUAUGGGAAGAGAAGCGAUACAUGCUUGUACGUAGUACCAAGAUCUUGCUAACAUGAGAAAGGAAAAACGACUUGCAUCUACCUAGCUCAAUGUGGAGCAGGCGUCUACCAUACAACAUGAUCACAAAUUUAAUAGAAGCCCUCGCGUUGGAGUUGCCCUGUGUCAUCUCCAACCUAGGAUUAUCAUUCGAAAUUGACAAAAUUCAUUCUCUUCUUUCUGAUCAUAGCUGGCCUGCUGGAUCCACGAUGGGAAACACGAACGCGAAAAAUGGAAGUGCAAUUAUCGGCGAAUCUGGCGAGCAGAGCAUCUUCCAAACCUGGAGUGUUUGGUUGUUUAUCUUCUGCUUACUGAUGCUGUUCGUGAUCACUUUCUACAACCUGUACAUGCACUCGCUCGCCGUGCACUUCUUCUUGCCGUUAUCCACUUUAAAUCUCCCGUACACGACGUACAAAUACGGUAUCUGCAUGACAAAACUUGGCUUCGAUCCUCAUUUAGCAUGACAAGUUUUACGCUCCAAAUUGGUGAAAUUUGUGAUGCAUGUUGUACAUGUGCGGGAAAUUUGUAUUGCAUAGCCGUUGCUCUGCGGGGGUGGCGCCGCGUUCUUCCUGCUGUCUGCGGUAUAGUGUUUUGUGGCUUUCAUGCAAGACAGUGCCUUUUUGUAAUGCUUGUUUUGCGUGAAGCGUAAUUUUGAAAUGAAAUUCAUGCAUGACAACUUUACUACAACUGUCAGGCCUGCACCGCUUCCGUCCACGAAGACGACGUAACCUAUCCUGUGCAAAAGUAUCGUACUCGUAUAAAUGCGAUACCUGCAUUACAAAUCUUUUUCUUGAGGUAAAUCAGCAUUACAGAUUUUAUUUCUCAUGCUGAGGAAAUUUGUAAUGCAUUUAUACGAAUGCGAUACUUUUGCAGUUCAUAUAACCCUAUCAACUGCAAAAGUAUCGCGCUCGUAGUUGUUUUAAUUCUAAUUGCAGAUAUGCAUAACAAUUCUGCAUUUCCAGGUAAACCAGCAUGACAAGUGCAAUUUGUCAUGUUGGGUAAAUCAAUAUGUAAUGCGAUUUUUCCUAGGUGGGCGAUUAUACUUUUGAAAUGCAUAAACCACGUCUACCGAUGAAUACCAAUCCGUCGCAAACGCGCAGCGGCGGCGCAAGGCCGUGAUGUCUCUGCUGUUUGCGCUUCUUUUGACCUACUACAUGGGGUUCCUUCUCUAUCCAAGGGAAAAAGUGUAUACAGUUACACAUUUGUUGUAAUUUCAGCAUCACAAAGUUGUUCUGUAUGGCAAAGAAAACUUGUAAUGCGCAUACUACUAGGGAAAACCGGCAUAACGUGAGACUGGCAAGCAUUUUUUCCUGCAUGAUAGAGGUUGCUUGUCUUGCUGGUUAUGCAUCAGAGUGUGUACUUAACUCUAACUGUGACACUUUUUUCUCACGAUAUUCUCGUGUGCUUCAACCUGUACCUGAACAUGGCCAUAUCAAAUGUAAAAAUGUCUGGGUCUGGAAGAUUGCAACUUGUCAUGCUAAAUCUGCAGCAUGCAAAAAUCUGUGUUGCGUGAUUACCAAAAGUCGUCCAGUUUUGACCAAGUCGGGAGGUAGUUUCUCAUGCAGGAUAGGCAUUAGAAAGGUCUCGCAGAAUCUGUCAUGCGAGGUCCUGCAUUCCAGACCUCAUGGGUCAUGGAAAAGCAGCAUGACAAAUCGCGAAUUCUUCCAGACCCAGACAUUUUUGCAUUUGAUAGGCCAAGCAGUACGACGAUCGGGCGAUAUCCUGUGCAAAAGUAUCGUACUCGUAUAAAUGCAUGACAAAUUCCAUCAGCAUGAGAAAUAAAAUUUGUAAACGCGGAUUGACCUUUAGAAAAAACUUGUAAUGCAUGAUUGCAAUUAGUACGAGUGGGAGUGGGUGCGAUGGUUUUGCAUUUCAUAGACGAACUACGACUACAACUUUUGGGCUGGGCACAACGGUCGUGGAAGUGAUCCAUUUGGUCCUGCUCAGGAAAGCGACGCUUUGGUCUUGAAAGUGUUUGGCGUCACGCACCGGUGGCAGUUCACGCUGCAUAUGGAGAGAAAAAAGUUUGUCACAGUCACUAACUAGCAGGCUUUGCAUUACAAAUUUUCUCAGCAUCACAAACCUUCCUUGUAUUGCAGAAACACUAGGGAAAUCCCUAAUGAAGUUUGGCUGUGAUGCAUUUUUACGCAUGACAAACAAUUUUGCAUUGCAAGAAUGCGCAUGAGUGAUCGUGACGAACUUGUUUUUUUCUUUGAUACUGCAGUACUUGCUGUUACUGGUUUUUCACGCCGUUGCCACCAGUGUGGAGGGACUGAUUCAGUCGCACCACAUGAAUCUGAUUGACGUCACGCGGGAAUUACAUAUGGGAGUGUCAGGAUCGAAAUCGUCAGAGUUGAGAUAAUCUGUGAUGCAUAAAACGGAUACCAGUUGGCGCCUAGUUUCUAAGUGGUGCAUGACAAAUCUGGGUAGAACCGCAAUCCAGUUGUUUGUCAUGCUGUUUGGAUAAGGAAGACGCCUUUUUUCAUGCUACUUUAGCAGCUCAGUUUCUACUCCUCAACAGGCUUGCAAUCUGCCUCACUUACCUACUCUGCAAGACAGGCACUUUGUGGGCUGUAUUUUAUGCAUGACAAACGUAUUAUUUUAACUUUGACGAUUUCGAUCCUGACGCCCCCAUAUUACAGACGAUCUUUUUACUGGACUCGCUCAGCAAGAGCGACGGCUUUGGAGGUGGGAAGAUGAACAACUAUGGAGCUGCAACAACUGGUGCCACAUCGGGGUACAACAAGUACGGUUCUGCCGGUCCGCCGCAGGCUCCUGCUCCUGGGGGCACGACUGUGGUGAUUCAGGUGUGAUGAGGAAUAGCAGGAACAAGGUGAUACCAUGAUGGAAACAACGUUUGACUAGUGUCUCGAUUCACCAACGAAGAGAAUACAGUUUUUGUCGGCGUCAUCUUCAGCCAGCCGCGGUGCCGUAAGGAUCAUAGGAACAGGGGUGAUGACAAGGUGCACGUGCAUGGCAUCGAUGCACGAAAGACCACAGCCGUACAGUUUUUGAAAUUUUUGUCUUGAGAGAUUUCCUGGUGGUGGGUGUGGACAAUUGGAAUACCGCUUCUACAGGGGCAGAUGCUUCUUCAGGUACUUCGAAAAGAGCAGGAGUGGUUCGCGUAAGUUGAAAGUAGUGAUGAACUUGGUAUUAAACUCGAACAAUAUUUACGAAGAAUACUUGCUGAAGGGACCAUUCGUAGCAACAGUUUUGAUCUGUGAAUCGAGCAAACAAGAAGCGCCUAAGCCUUAUUUACAGCCUGAAUAUCAGAACUCUCUGUCUUGAUGCAUGAGCUUUCUGAAACUACCCCCUUGCCGCAUGUUCUUGUGUUUCUG